UUGAGAGAGAACCGAGUAGUACGAUUUUUAGUUUCUUAUUCUGUUUUUGUCUGCUGCCGGAUUUGUUUCCCUUUCCACAACAUCAUCAACUAAAAGCUGUAGGAGGUGUUGCUGACUCUGCUGAAUAAAGGCGGUACUAUAAAGCAUGCAUUUGAUCAACCGGCGUUUUAGAUAAUUUUUAUAAAACAAUAACAAUCGCUAUCAUGGAUUUGAAAUGCACAUUGCCGGUCGUCUUAAGUGUAUUCCUUUUAAAGGUUUGUUUAGGAAGUGACUUGUAUAGUGACAAAGUAUUAAAAUAUGAUUCUCAGAUAUUUAAACAAAAAAUCGGUGGCGAUAAGCCUCAUUUUGUAAAUUUUUUUGCUCCUUGGUGUGGAUAUUGCAAAAGAUUAAAACCAGUAUGGGAUGAACUUGCUGAGAAAUACAAUGUUGAUUCUAAUAAUCAAGAGCUUGUCAUCGCCAAAGUGGACUGUACUGUUGAAACACCUAUAUGUGCUGAUGAAGGAGUUUCUGGAUAUCCAUCACUUAUAUAUUAUGAAGCUGGUCAAAGCAAAGGUACAAAAUAUCAAGGUAAAAGAGAUUUAGUGGGACUAGAAGACUUUAUAUCAAAUAAUCUGGGACAGAAAAAGACAGAUGAGCCCGAAAAGACUAGACCAAUAAUUUCAGGAAAAGGAGCUUUGGAAUUAACUGAUGAAACUUUUCAGAAUACUGUUAAUUGGGGGAUGCAUUUUGUGAAGUUUUAUGCACCCUGGUGUGGCCACUGUCAAAGAAUGGCUCAUGCAUGGGAGGAGCUUGCUGAAAAUUUGGAACAUGAUAAGUCUGUCACUAUUUCGAAGGUAGAUUGUACCGAGAAUAAAAAGACAUGUGCAGAUUUUGAAGUAAAAGGAUAUCCUACUUUAUUAUGGAUUAUUAAUGGCAAAAAAAUCGAGAAAUAUCAAGGAGCCAGGAAUCUUGAUAGUUUUAAACAAUUCAUCAAUGAAAUGAAGAUUGCUCAUAAAGAUGCAAUAGAUGAAGAGGAAGGUAGAAUACCUGAUCCUAAAAAUGAGCCUAAUUUAGUUGUGGAAUUGUCAGAAGAUAAUUUUGAAAAUGCUGUUAAACAAGAAAUUAGUUUUGUCAAAUUUUUUGUCCCUUGGUGUGGACACUGUAAAAGAUUAGAACCUAUAUGGAAUGAUUUAGCUAUAAAAUUUUCAUCGAAUCCUAAAGUAAAAAUAGCCAAAGUAGAUUGCACUCAACAAGAGAAAUUGUGUGCGGAGCAUAAGAUUAUUGGUUACCCAACUCUUUUCAUUUUUCACAAUGGAAAGUUUAUGACUGAAUAUCAUGGAGAGAGAAAAUUGGAGAAUUUACAUAGUUUUGUAUUGGAGUAUUUGCAACAUUCUGAACUAUGAUUUUAUAACUACAUUCCAAUUAUGUAAGAAAAUUUCUAUGUAUAUGUCUACAUAAAAUGUGCAACACAAAUAUGUACACAAGAGUCUUAUUAAUUUAAACAUUAAUAUUUGAAAGCCUGAUUAAUCAGAAAACAUUUCUUACGUUCAUAAUUUUCAUGCAUUUUCUAAAAACAAUUUGAGUAUUAUUUCAGUUAUUUUCAUUCUUGAACACAGUAAAUCAUUCUUGAAUAAAUAUUUAUUAUGACAUUAUAACUACCCAGCAUAGGAUAAAGUUUGAUUCUAAAAUAUUUAUGGAAUGCAAUUGAAACAUUAAAUUGGACAUUUGCUCAAAAUUCUGAAAUUUUUAUUAUUUGUGUUUUCAUAUUGCUUGAUGGAAACCAACUUGAGGAUGAUAAUUAUCUCAUUUUUAUAUGAAAAUGGCAGCAUUUAGAACCAAUUUGAUGCGAUAUUUAUACCAAUCUUAUUGUAUUUCCAACCUGUUGUUCCAUCUGUUAGAUUAACUAUAAAAAUUGGCUGACGUGAAAAGGCUUUGAUCUCACUUGUUUUGGAUUAAUGAUACUCUUGUGCAAUGUGAAAUCUAUUUUUUCAUAAAAAUUCCCUUACUUAAAUUUGAUCAAUGUUGAAUUUAUAAAAAUGGAUGUCUAUUUUUCUACUUUAAGAACAAUUUAAAAGGACAAAAAAGAAGAAAAAAAAUGUAUUUUUAAAAUCUUAUAUUUAUAAAUUAUGUAAUCUAAUCUUAUGUUAAAUGUAAUCUUUUUAUUUUUAAUAUUUUCUCAUUAAUUUUACUAUGUAAAUAUAAUUUAAAAUAAAUUCAAAAUACUGACUGA